GAAAAAAAAACAAAAAACAAAAAAAAAACUACCCGUGGCUGCCAGAAAAGCCCCUGCCAUGAGCGCCGCCUCGGACCGGGACGAAUCGGGACCUGCGAGGGGAGCAGAAUGCGCAUGCAGCAGGCACAUCCAUAGCGCGCCGCGGAGAAGGCACGGAAUACGGAUUUUUGCGCUAAUGAAGGUGGGAGUACACGCGCACUGGAGCCGGCUGCUGUUCUUAUACAUGGGGCUGCUGUCCGCCUCGGUAAAGGCUCAGAACUGCAGUUACACACUACACAAUCCCAAUGGGACGAUAGAGAGCCCCGGCUACCCGUACGGGUACCCCAACUACGCCAACUGCACCUGGGUGAUCGUGGCUGCAGAACACAACCGCAUACAGCUGGUGUUCCAAGGCUUUGCCCUGGAGGAGGACUUCGACAUCUUGUCCGUGUACGACGGCUCGCCCAGCCCAGGAAACCUGCGCACACGGUUAACGGGCUUCCAGCUGCCAUCACCCAUCGUGAGUUCAGGCUCCAGGCUGACACUGUGGCUGCUGUCAGACUACGCCGUCAGCGGACAGGGAUUCAAAGCCAUCUAUGAAGCCCUCCCCAGCUACACAUGUGGGAACCCUGGGCAGCUGCUAAACGGUCACCAGCAGGGCUCCACCUUCAACAUAGGGGACAAGAUCCGCUACAGCUGCAGCCCGGGAUAUGUCCUGGAGGGUCACACCACCCUGUCCUGUUUGGCCACAUCGGCAGGCACCGCCGCCUGGGACUUCCCCCUGCCCUACUGCAGAGCGGAUGAUGGCUGUGGGGGGACACUGAGGGGACAGAGCGGGGUGAUCACCAGCCCCAACUACCCGACGGAGUACAACAACAACGCCGACUGCACCUGGACCGUGCUGGCUGAGCCCGGGGACACCAUCGCCCUGGUCUUCUCUGACUUCCAGCUCGAGGAUGACUACGAUCUGCUGGAAGUCAGUGGCACGGAGGGCUCGUCACAGUGGUUCACCGGCCCCAACCUCCCCUCUCCCAUCAUCAGCAGCAAGAACUGGCUCCGCCUGCACUUCACUUCUGAUGGCAAUCACAAGCUGAGAGGCUUUAGCGCCCAGUACCAAGUAAAGAAGAUGACUGAGCUCAAGUCUCGAGGGGUUAAGAUGUUGCCAAGCAAGGACAACCACCACAAGAUAUCAGUGUUGUCUCAGAUGGGUGUGGCACAAGGACACAACAUGUGUCCAGACCCGGGGAUCCCAGAUCGUGGAAAAAGAAAAGGCUCUGACUUCAGGCGGGGGGCCACAGUGCAUUUCUCCUGUGAUGAGGGCUAUGAGCUGCAGGGUUCAAAGAGCAUCAGCUGUCUCAGGGUGACAGACAGUUAUGUCGGCUGGAGCGAUGAUCGGCCCAUCUGCAGAGCACCAAUGUGUGGGGGGCAGCUGAGGGGACCCAACGGCAUCAUCACCUCUCCUAACUACCCCGUCCAGUACGACAACAACGCUAACUGUACCUGGGUCAUCACAGCCACAGACCUGUCCAAGGUGAUCAAGCUGACAUUUGAGGACUUCGACCUGGAGCGUGGCUAUGACACACUGACGGUGGGGGACGGAGAGAUGGUGGGAGACCAGAAGACUGUCUUCCACGUCCUCUCUGGGACCACCACUCCAGACCUGGUGGUCAGCACCAGUCACCAGAUGUGGCUCAACUUCAAGACAGACGACACCAGCGGAUCCCAGGGCUUCAAGGUCUCUUAUGAAGAAAUUGACCAGGGCAGCUGCGGAGAUCCGGGGAUCCCGGCGUACGGCAAGCGGGAGGGGACGGGCUUCCGUCACGGGGACAGACUGUACUUUGAGUGCCUGCCGGCCUUCGAGUUGGUGGGGAAGAAGAACAUCACCUGUCAGAAGAACAACCAGUGGUCAGCCAAGAAGCCCAGCUGCGUUUUCUCUUGUUUCUUCAACUUUACCACCCCAUCGGGAGUGCUGCUGUCCCCCAACUACCCUCAAGAGUACGGCAACAACAUGCACUGUGUAUGGCUGAUCAUCACCAAGCCAGAGAGCCGGAUCAACCUGGCCUUCAAUGACCUCAGCAUGGAGAAACAGUUUGAUUUCCUCUCCAUCAAAGACGGGGGAAAGGCUGAGUCUCCUAUCCUGGGAACCUUCUCCGGUGAUGUCCUGCCCCCUCCUAUCACCACGAGUGCACAUGUGGCGCGACUGGAGUUCUUGACAGACCACACCUACACCGACCGAGGCUUCAAUAUCACAUUUACAACGUUUCGCCACAAUGAGUGUCCGGACCCCGGGGUGCCCGUGAAUGGGAAGCGCUUCGGUGAGAGCCUUCAGCUCGGCAGCUCAAUUUCUUUCCUGUGUGAGGAGGGCUUUGUCAAGACCCACGGCUCUCAGACCAUCUCCUGCAUCCUGAAGGACGGCAACGUGGUGUGGGACAAUGCCGUGCCCCGCUGUGAAGCUCCGUGUGGAGGGGAUCUGAAAGCUCCCAGUGGGAUCAUUCUCUCCCCAGGCUGGCCAGAGCUCUACAAGGAGGCCCUCAACUGUGAAUGGAUCAUUGAGGCUCCUCCGGGCUACCCCAUCAAGAUCAUCUUUGACAAGUUCCGCACGGAGGUCAACUAUGAUGUUCUUGAGGUGCGGGAUGGGCGUUUCCCUUCUUCUCCUCUGAUUGGCAGUUAUCAAGGCACGCAGGUGCCUCAGUUCCUCAUCAGCACCUCCAACUUCAUCUUCCUCCUCUUCUCCACUGAUAAGAGUCACUCUGACAUUGGUUUUCGCAUACGUUAUGAGACGCUGCAGCUACAGUCAGAUCACUGCGUGGACCCCGGCAUCCCCGUCAAUGGACAGCGCCACGGCAAUGACUUCUACGUGGGUGCCUUGGUGACAUUUAGCUGUGACGCAGGGUACACACUCAGUGACACAGAGCCAUUAGAGUGUGAACCCAAUUUCCAGUGGAGCCGCCCCCUGCCAAGCUGUGAUGCUUUGUGUGGCGGAUACAUCCAAGGCAACACCGGCACCAUCCUCUCACCCGGAUUCCCAGACUUCUACCCACACAACCUCAACUGUACGUGGAUGAUCGAGACCUCCCAUGGCAAAGGUGUGCAAUUUACCUUCCAUACGUUUCACCUGGAGAGCCCUCAUGACCAUCUGUUGGUGACUGAGAACGGCAGCUUCUCACAGCCCCUGUGGAGACUGACUGGCUCGACACUGCCCCCACCACUCAGCGCUGGCCUAUUUGGGAACUACACCGCUCAGAUCCGCUUCCUCUCCGACUUCUCCGUCUCCUAUGAGGGAUUUAACAUCACCUUCUCCGAGUAUGACUUGGAGCCAUGCGAGGACCCAGGCAUCCCGCCGUACAGCACCAGGAAGGGUCUGCAGUACGGCGUGGGUGACGCCCUCAUCUUCUCCUGCUUUCCGGGUUACCGACUGGAGGGGCCGGCACGGGUGGUGUGUCUAGGGGGGAGGCGGCGGGUGUGGAGCUCCCCUCUGCCAAGGUGUGUUGCUGAGUGCGGCUCGUCCGUGACUGGCAUGCAAGGGGUGUUGCUCUCACCCAACUAUCCUGGUUACUACGGCAACAACCACGAGUGUAUCUACUCCAUCCAGACGCAACCUGGCAAAGGCAUCCAGCUUCGAGCACGAGACUUCAGACUGGAGGAGGAUGACAUACUCAAAGUGUUUGAUGGGAACAGUAAUAAGGCUCGUCUGCUGGGGGUGUUCACUGGCAGUGAGCUGAUGGACACCACUCUCAACUCCACCUCCAGUUCCAUGUGGCUGGAGUUCGUCAGCAAUGCAGAGAACACCAGCAAGGGCUUUGAGCUGCACUUCACAAGUUUUGAACUGGUGAAGUGUGAAGAUCCAGGUGUGCCCCAGUUUGGCUAUAAGCGGGAGGACAAGGGUCAUUUUGCUGGGAGCACUGUGUCCUACAGCUGUGACCCAGGCUAUAGCCUGAAGGGCCCCGAGGUGCUCACCUGCCUGAGGGGGGAGAGGAGGGCCUGGGACAGCCCCCUACCACUCUGUGUUGCGGAGUGUGGUGGUACCAUCAAGGAUGAACCAACAGGCCGUAUCCUUUCCCCAGGCUACCCCGCUCCAUAUGAGCACAACCUGCAUUGUGUCUGGACUAUUGAGGCUGCCCCAGGGAGCACCAUCAGUCUCCACUUCUUGGUGUUUCAUACGGAGGAGGUCCACGACGUGCUGCGGAUCUGGGACGGUCCCCAGGAUGGAGGGGUUCUGCUGAGGGAGCUCAGCGGCUCGGUGCUGCCCCCUGACGCCCACAGCACCUUCAAUACCAUCAGCCUGCAGUUCACCACUGACUUCUUCACCAGCAAGCAGGGCUUCGCUCUCCAGUUCGCUGUCUCCACUGCGACCUCCUGUAAUGACCCAGGCAUGCCCACCAACGGCACCCGCGGCGGGGACAGUAGGGAGCCCGGGGACCAUGUGGUGUUCCAGUGUGACCCAGGUUACGUCCUGCAGGGGGCCAACAAGAUCACCUGCACCGAGAUCAACAGUCGCUUUUUCUGGCAGCCGGAUCCACCGACCUGCACAGCCCCAUGUGGAGGAAACCUGACGGGCCCCAGUGGGUUGAUUCUGUCUCCAGAGUACCCAGAGCCUUAUCCCCAUGGCAGGGAGUGUGACUGGACGGUCAUGGUCACUCCUGACUACGUCAUCGCUCUCAGCUUCAACCAGUUCAGCUUGGAGCCCAGUUAUGACUUCCUACACAUCUACGAUGGGCCAGACUCCCUCAGCCCCCUGCUGGGUAGUUUCUAUGGGACCGAUGUCCCAGAGCGUAUUGAGAGCAGCUCCAACAUGCUCUUCCUGGCCUUCCGCAGUGAUGCCUCCCUCAGCAGCAACGGAUUUGUGCUGGAGUACACAGAGAACCCUAGGGAGUCUUGCUUUGAGCCGGGGCUGGUGCGGAACGGGACCCGGGUUGGCGCAGACCUCAAGCUGGGCUCCACCGUCACCUACCACUGCGACAGCGGCUACACACUGGAGGGGGACUCCACGCUCACUUGCAUCAUGGGGGGAGACAGUAAACCCAGCUGGAACAAACCCAAACCCAUCUGCAUUGCACCAUGCGGUGGACAGUAUUCGGGACUAGAGGGAGUGGUCUUGUCUCCUGGUUACCCUGGCAACUACAGCAGUGCACGGACAUGUCUGUACUCUGUGGUUGUGCCCAAAGACUAUGUGGUGUUCAGCCAGUUUGCCUUCUUCAACACAGCUCUGAAUGAUGUGGUGGAAGUGUAUGAUGGAGCAACACAGCACUCCCGUGUGCUCAGCUCGCUGUCUGGUGCACAUACAGGUGAAUCAUUGCCGUUAGCAACCUCCAACCAUAUCCUGAUACGCUUUACCUCCAAAGGCCAAGCCAGCUCUAAAGGAUUUCACCUAGUCUACCAGGCUGUGCCAAGGACCAGUGCCACACAGUGCAGCUCAGUCCCCGAGCCCCGCAAUGGCCGCCGCAUGGGCAACAACUUCGCCGUUGGUGCAGUGAUCCGCUUCGAGUGCAGCCCAGGAUACAUCCUGGAGGGCUCCGGGGCUAUUGAAUGUCUGACAGUACCUAAUGCCCUGGCCCAGUGGAACAGCUCCAUCCCCAGCUGUAUAGUACCGUGUGGAGGAAAUCUGACCCAGCGAACGGGGACCAUCUUGUCUCCCGGGUUCCCUGAGCCUUACCUGAAUAGUCUCAACUGUGUCUGGAAAAUAACCGUCCCGGAGGGAUCCGGGAUCCAGAUCCAGGUGAUCAGUUUCGUCACGGAGCAGAACUGGGAUUCCCUGGAAGUGUUUGAUGGAGGAGACAACACUGACACCAUGCUGGGCAGCUUUUCAGGCACCACGGUCCCGGCGCUCCUCAACAGCACUUCCAAUCAACUCUACCUCCAUUUCUUCUCCGAUAUCAGCGUGUCCGCUGCUGGAUUCAGACUAGAGUACAAAACUGUGUCACUCACCAGCUGUCCGGAGCCUGUUGUUCCUAUGAAUGGCAUCAAAGUUGGGGAGCGCCUCCAGAUGAACAACGUAGUGUCUUUCCAGUGUGAACCCGGAUACACACUGCAGGGGAACUCGCACAUCUCCUGUAUGCCAGGACCUGUCAGACGGUGGAACUACCCUCCUCCCCUCUGUAUAGCUCAAUGUGGUGGAAUCCGAGAGGAGAUGGAGGGUAUGAUCCUCAGCCCUGGUUUCCCUGGUAACUACCCUAGCAACAGUGACUGCACCUGGAGAAUCUACCUGCCCGUUGGUUAUGGAGCCCAUAUUCAGUUCUUCAACUUUUCCACCGAGGCCAACCAUGACUUCCUAGAGAUUCGUAAUGGUCCCCUGGAUACCAGCACUGUGAUUGGUCGAUUCAGCGGCCAGGAUGUCACCUCUUCUUUGCUCACAACAUCUCAUGAGACCACAGUUUAUUUCCAUAGUGACCACUCGCAAAACAAACCUGGCUUCAGGUUUGAGUACCAAGCUUAUGAACUUCAGGAUUGCCCUGAUCCGGAGCCUUUCCGUUACGGGGUGGUGGUGGGUGCAGGAUACAACGUGGGCCAGUCCAUUUCUUUUGAAUGUCUCCCAGGGUAUCAGCUAAUGGGUCACUCCAUCCUCACCUGUGAGCACGGUACCACCCGCAACUGGGACCACCCUUUCCCACGCUGUGAAGUACCUUGCGGUGGCAACAUCACAUCAGAAAACGGGACCAUCUUCUCUCCGGGGUAUCCAGAGGAGUAUCCAAGCUCGGCUGAUUGCACCUGGUUGAUCACCGUGGCUGCUGGCCUAGGCAUCAAACUCAACUUCACCUUGCUUCAGGUCCACGGGCCCCAUGACUUCAUUACUGUCUGGGACGGCCCACAGGAGACAGCCAGGAAAUUGGGCAUAUUCACUGAUGGAGAACCUAACGACCCGCCCAGCAGCACAUCCAAUCAGGUGCUCAUACGUUUCCGUAGCAAUACAGAGAAGGGUGGAUUGUUUCGCAUCAACUACCAAGCCUACAGGCUGCAGUUUUGCUUGCCACCCCCCAUCAUUCCAAACGCAGAGAUCCUGAUGGCAAGCAAGGAAUUUCGAAUUGGUGACAUUGUGCGCUACAGAUGUCUUCCGGGCUACCAGCUAAGCGGAAACAGCAUCCUGACCUGUCGCCUGGGGACCCACUUGGAGUUCGAGGGCCCCCCGCCAUCAUGUGAUGUUACGUGUCCCAUGAAUGAGGUGCUGACAGCUUCAACAGGUGUCAUCAUGAGCCAGUCACCAGGGAGCGGUUUCCCCCAUUUUGAAUCGUGCUCCUGGGUGGUCAAAGUAGAGCCUGGCUACAACAUCACCUUCACCAUCGAGCACUUCCAGACCAGUCGGCAGUUUGAUGAGCUGGAGAUCUUCGAUGGGCCAUCCAGACAGAGCCCUCUCCUCAUUACCCUGAGUGGUAACUAUUCCAGCCCCCUGAGCAUCACCAGCUCCAGCAACAAGGUCUACCUGCACUGGUCCUUCGAUCACACCACCAGCCACAAAGGCUUCCGCAUACGCUACUCAGCGGCCUACUGCAGCCCUCCAAACAAUCCUGUGAACGGCACGGUGCACAGUCUGACAGGCACCAAGCUGGGCAGCACCCUGCGCUUCAGCUGUGUUCAGGGCUUCCGGCUCAUUGGCCAGAGUAGCACCACCUGCACCCGCACGCCACAGGGGAUUUACCAAUGGAACGCUCCGGUGCCGCUUUGCCAAAUCAUGUCCUGUGGAAUGCCAGUCCCUCCGGUCAAUGGUAGCAUCGUGGGGCAAGAUUUCACAUUGGGGGCCAGGGCCAUGUACCAGUGUAAUCCCGGCUUCCAGUUGGCCGGUCCCUUGACCACCUCAGUGUACUGUCAGGAAACUGGGAGGUGGAGCCCUAUCGAGGCCCCACCAACAUGCAUACCGGUGACCUGCCCUGACAUCGGCCACUCCGCUGUAGACCACGGGAGAUGGAGGCUGAUCUAUGGGACUCAUAAUCAGUAUGAUGCCAUCAUGAUGCUCAUCUGUGACCCAGGGUAUUACUACAGGGGUCAAAGGGUAAUCCGCUGUCAAGCCAACAGCAGCUGGGACUACCCAGAUCCUCGCCCAGCAUGUGAGAUCAUCUCCUGUGGGGACCUUGGAACUCCACCAAAUGGAAACAAGAUUGGGACCUUGACAGUGUAUGGAGCCACAGCUAUUUUCUCCUGCAACACAGGUUAUACCCUCGUUGGCUCGCGGGUCAGAGAGUGUAUGUCCAACGGACUUUGGAGCGGAACACAAGUCCAGUGUUUAGCCGGUCACUGUGGCACCCCUGAUCCCAUAGUGAACGGCCAGAUCAUUGGGGAAAACUACAAUUACCGAGGAAGUGUGGUUUACCAGUGUAACCCAGGCUUUCGUCUCAUCGGGGUGUCCGUGCGAAUCUGUGAGCAGGACCAUCGGUGGUCUGGACGCACCCCUGUCUGUGUUCCCAUCACAUGCGGUCACCCCGGGAAUCCUACCUUUGGAGUCACCCAGGGAACUCAGUUCAACCUGAACGAUGUUGUGCGGUUCGUCUGCAAUACUGGAUAUUUCCUACAGGGAGCUUUGAAAUCUACCUGCCAGUCUAAUGGCCAAUGGAACAAUGCCCUCCCUAAGUGUAAAAUUGUGAAUUGUACAGAACCGGGACAUGUAGAGAACAGCAUCAGACAGAUACUACCCAGCGGGCCACAUCGCUACAGCUUCCAGACAACUGUGUCCUACCGCUGUAACCCGGGCUACUACCUGCUGGGCACCAACUCCAUUUCCUGUCAAGGGGAUGGUACCUGGGACCGCUCCCUGCCCAAAUGCCUGUUGGUGCUGUGUGACCGACCAAGCAUGCCACCUUAUGCUCAGAUCUCAGGAGACCGUCGAACGGUGGGCUCAGUUAUCCGCUUCAGCUGCAUUGGCCAGCGCUCCAUCAUCGGGAACACCACGCGGAUGUGCCAGCUGGAUGGCCAGUGGAGUGGCUCGCUACCACACUGCUCUGGGGAGUCUGCAGGACUCUGUGGUGAUCCGGGUAUUCCCGUGCACGGCAUUCGCCUGGGGGAAGAGUUUACUGUGGCCAGCGUGGUGCGGUUCAGCUGUGAACCGGGAUAUAUGCUGCGGGGCUCACCGGAGAGGACCUGCCUUGCUAAUGGGACCUGGCUGGGCACGCAACCCGAGUGCCAGGUAAUUUCCUGUGGAAAUCCUGGAACUCCCAGGAAUGCACAAAUCCUAGUCCACGACGGGCUGACGUUUGCCCGGUCCAUUACGUACUCUUGCCGGGAGGGCUACUACUCCACUGGCUUGCUCACGCGUCACUGUACCGUCAACGGAACCUGGACUGGGAAUAUGCCCGAGUGCUCAGUAAUAAACUGUGGGGAUCCAGGUGUUCCAGCAAACGGUGUGAGGGUGGGGAAUGAUUUCACCUACAACCACACCGUCAGUUUCCAGUGCUCUCCAGGGUUCACCAUGGAUGCUGACCGUGCCUCCACACUCAUCUGCACAAAGGACCGCACCUGGAACAGCACCAAACCACUCUGUAAAGCGAUCGUGUGUGCCCCUCCGCCCAUAAUCCCCAACGGACAGGUGGUGGGCACAGACUUUACCUGGGGCUCCAGCAUCAGCUACUCAUGUAACCAAGGCUACCAGCUCUCCCUGCCCACAGUGCUCACCUGCCAGGGCACGGGCAACUGGAGUGGAGAGAAGCCGCAGUGUUUCCCUGUGUUCUGCGGAGAUCCGGGGAUUCCAGCCCAAGGAAGGAGGGAGGACCGUGGUUUCACCUACCUCUCCUCCGUCUCCUUCACUUGCUACCCUCCCCUGGUUCUGGUGGGCUCCACCAGGAGGUACUGUCAGUACGACGGCACCUGGAGCGGCACACAGCCCUCCUGCAUAGAUCCCAGUCACACGACCUGCGGUGACCCUGGCACCCCCCUUUUUGGAUAUCAGAACAACAGCCAAGGCUACCAGAUUAGCAGCACGGUGUCCUUCAGCUGCAGAAAGGGCUACCUGCUGCAGGGCUCCAUCUCCCGCACCUGUCUGCCCAACCUCACCUGGAGUGGCUUCCAGCCGGAGUGCAUCGCCCACCACUGCAGCCAGCCAGAGCUUCCAGCCCAGGCCGACGUGAGCGCUAUAGAGCUGCCGUCCCUUGGCUACACCCUGAUUUACACCUGUCAGCCUGGCUUCUACCUGGCUGGGGGAUCAGAGCACAGGACCUGCCGAUCUGACGGCAGCUGGACGGGGAAACCUCCAGUCUGCGCAGCUGAUAACCGCCCAAGCGGUAAAAGUCCAGUGGGGACCGUGCAGGAACCACCCUCCAAACUACCAGUCCCAGGCGGUGUGUUUGCCAAGAACUCUCUGUGGAGGGGCUCCUACGAGUACCUGGGGAAGAAGCAGCCGGCCAUGCUCAGCAUCAACGCCUUUGAACCUUUCAGCAACCGUGUCAACGGGACGCUCAUCGACCACAGCGGUGUGGAACUCAAACUUGCCGGUACUUACAAGAGAGAGGAAGCCCAGCUGCUCUUGCAGGUUCAUCAGAUCAGAGGUCCGGUGGAGAUCUUUGUCAACAAGUUCAAAAUUGACAACUGGGCUCUCGACGGACAUGUGUCCUACAUCCCCUCCUCCAACUCCUUUGUGUACCAGGGAUUCGUACGCGGGAAAGGCUUUGGCCAGUUUGGUCUCCAGAGGCUGGAAAGUUUAGAUACCAGCAGGGAAAACCAAGGCUACAAUUUUGCCUCCAACAGCAGUUCAGUGGCAGCAGCCAUCCUAGUGCCUUUUAUUGCCAUGAUCAUUGCAGGCUUUGCCCUGUACCUCUACAAACAUCGAAGAAGACCCAAAGUUCCAUUCAACGGCUACGUGGGCCAUGAGAACACCAACGGACGGGCUACGUUUGAGAACCCGAUGUAUGACCGCAACAUCCAACCCACCGACAUCAUGGCCAACGAGACAGAGUUCACUGUCAGCACAGUGUGCACAGCAGUAUAG